CUGCCAAGGUGCAGCUGUGACUGAGCUGUCACGUCAGCACGUCAUCAGGCAUCACCACGAUCUUCUUGUGGAUUGUACCAAGCCAUCAUCCCACGUCGCGCUCCUUACCAGCAGGAAACACCAUCUCCCCUUGUCACCGGCAGCUCCAGCAGCUCAGCAUGACCAAGUUGGUGGAGUGGCUAAUGGCUGCAGUGCUCAUCCUGGGGCCCUGGUCAGCAGUGGUCACCAACACAAUCCAAAAUGAGUUCACCCGCAAGUACUUCUAUGAGAUCCUGUUCCUGCCGGUGUUCCUGGUGGCUGUGUUCGGGGUGGUGUCCGUGGCCAUCAUUGCCUACAGAGUCUACACAUUCAAUGACUGCAAGGAGGCAUCUGAGGAACUACAGAGACAGAUCAAAGAGGCAAAAACUGAUCUAACAAAGAAAGGCCUAAAGUUAGACUAGUGCUACUUUUCCAACCUUAAUAUUUAAUACUGGUGUGCACUUUUAACUUAUUUGUCAUGUUCUGAGUAUUUUGUAUUUAUGUGCAUGUGUCAGUUUAUAUUGUUGUUAACUAUGGCUUGGCUUAGGUAUGCAGAAUGACCAUCAUCUUUCAGAUAGAGCUUGAGGUUUCCUUCACCAAGGAAAUUCUGAAAAUAAGUUCUAAAAUUAAAGAUUUGAAACUUAGUUAUUCGGAAACUCGUUAAGUUCACAGGAUGAAUUAAAGAGAAAACUAUUACAAUUCCAAUAUAUUUACAUUAAAUUCGUGUGGCAGCAGUUUGUGGACAGUCUAGUUUGGAAAUGUAUAUUCCAUUACCUAGUUAAUAUUUCUCUUUCCACUGUUAUAUUCCCAUUUCACAGGUAAAAAAACCAUGCUCCAACUAUAUACAGCUUUCCUGAUGAGACAAUGACGGAACAAUUCAAUUCCACAGUGUUGAGCUCCUGCUAGUAUAGAGAUGAAGUCCAGCUUAGAAUCCAGAAAGUACCUAGGGAAUACCGGACCCAUCCAAUGCAGGCAGUAAUACAUAUGAUCUUCCAUGGUAUUGGUUUUCUAUGUUAAUUUAGAGCUCUAUUUUUUAUAUAGAAAAUUUGUGGAAAUAAAAACUGGAUCCAU